CCUCUCCCGCCACUCUAGAAAUAGACACCUCAGUCUUCGACCUUAAGCCCGACUGUUCGAAUCUUCUCGACGACGUCUAUGAUAGAGGUGAGUAGAGCAGUUCUCGAAGGCUAGUUAGUGCAGGAGUUCAAGGAGCAGUCCCAAUAAGGAGUCCGUUCUAGCCGCAGUCGUCGAAACGCUGAAACAGCGAAAUGGGAACGAUUUGGAGUAGAACUGAAGAGCCUGCGGAAAAUACUGCCCAGGAAAGUCCUGCGACGCACCAAGACGACGCCAGCGAAGCUCGAAAAAAGGAAAUGGAAGAAGAAAUGAGGAGAUUUAAGGCAGAUCUCGCAGCGAAAAGAGAAGCUCGAAAGGAAGCGAUAGCAUCACUAAAUAGGAAAAUCGCAGAAUUGAAGGAUGAGGUGGAUAAAGAACGAAAAGAACGAGAGAGGUUGGAAUCUAUGCUGGGAGAUGGCCAGGACAGUCGAGCUGAAAUCGAGGGACUUGAAAAGCAGGUUCGAGCGCUCAAAGAUGUAGCUUCCAUUGGUGGAGAAAUGCUCAAAAUCCGGGAAUUACAGGUUAAUGAAUUGAAAGAGAAGCUACAAGCCAUUGAGGAGACAGGAGUGGCCUAUGAGAAGGAAGUAGAGAACAUGAGAAGACUGAAAGGACUUUAUGAAGAGAGAUCUCGAGCUAUGGCCAUCAGCCAUCAGAUGGAACUAGAAAGGGAAAAGGCGAGAGUGGUCGCAGUAGAGACGAGGCUGGAAAUUGCAGAAGAGAAAAACAGGGAACUUAUAGAUGGCAAGAAGGAAUUAGAAGGGAGAAUUUCCGCACUUGACGCUACCGUGGACAAGAACAACAAUGAGAUCAGUGAGCUACGAGUACAGCUUGCGGGGAAAAAAGAGGAACUGUAUACCGUCACAUCACAGAUGACGAUUGUCAACAACCUCUUCUCCCAGGUAUUGCUAGAUCCUGAAAACUUAGACAGGGUCAACAGGGUGUUAGAAGAACAUCACAAUCUCGUCAAUCAUCUUACUGAAAAAGGAAAGAUUACAGACGUUGCUUCUGUCUUAAUGACAGUCGCAGACAAAGAUCAUGUCUUAACGCAGGAAGAACAGGUUAUAGCCACAAAUCUAAGCAAAGUUUGGAAGCUACUUGUCGAACUGCUUGGGCACCACAACAAGCAAGCAACAGAAGACACGAUGCCGGACAGCUGUUAUAAAAGCGUCGACACACCUUCAGGGCCAAAGCUAGUUAUAAGCGUAUCUAAAACCUUUCUCCGCCUAAAAGACUUAAUAUUAGAGAAGAACAGUUUGGUAAAAGAGGUUGGAAGGCUAAAAGAUCUCAAUUGCCAUCUUGAGAAACGACUUAUAUCGCAAGAAACAAGGCUGGCUGAAGUAGCUGAAGAACUGCACAAAACAUGGGGUGUAGUGAACAAACUAAAAACUCAGCAUAAAGCCUUACACACACAUGAACAGGUUCUGAGAUACGAACUGAAACAUAAAAGACUGAUGCUGAAUGAAUUGAAACAACAGCUGGAAGACUGUCGUGAAAUGUGGCAAAUGGCCCGAGUGAAAAACAGCCAAACAGAAAAGGAUUGGAUCCUUCUAAGACAAGAAUUCGCAGAAAGGAAGCAACAGGUAUCAAACGCAGAAAGUGGAUACGAAGAAUCUCCAGGUGACUCCCAAGACGAAGAGGAUAGUCACAAAUUAUCUGAAGACGAAGGGGAAGCAGAUUCUCCUGAACCUGUUUCGGACGCUGUAGAUGAAUCAGUCAUGUCUGGUUGUACAUCAGAUAGGCCAAAUACACCUGAAGGGUUUACUUUUCAAGAUGCAAAUGUAGAAAAAACCAUCGCACCUUCAGAAAACAUUGACAGUCAUAAAGACACAAAUCAUUUACUCGAUGAUUCGUCGAGUUCAAAUACUGCUGAUCAAGAAAAGUUUGUUCAGAAUGCCAAUUUAGAUAAACAUAUUUCCAACGUACCUCCUUCUAUCUCCGUCCAAGGUAUAGAAUUUGAAAGCAAACAAGACAGGUUAUCUCCAGUAUUGUCCGAAACUACCGAAGACUUAAUAGAAGAAAUGCCAACUACUAUAAGUAUACUUCCUUGGGACGAAGCUGAGCCUCCUUUAAUCCACUCAGAAAAUGUAAAUCCGACAAAGGAUAUUCUUGUACAGUCCUGUGAAGUAUUACAGAACACGGGUUCAGACUCAGUGGAAGUACAAAACCCUGAAGCUAGUUGUUCCUCAAAUGAAUCGAAAGAUGCAUCAACCACACAGGAACAGAAAAAGUCCACUGCUGAAGAAAUUCUAGCAAGACGAGAAGCGCGACUAAAAAGACUAGAAGAACAAUGUAAACACCUAUUUAGUAAAAUGAACAACACCAACAUGAGAAGUGAAAUUAUAUCGAAUAAAUUGGUAGAGCUUCAUGAACAUUAUGGAGAGGGCCGAAGUGACGUACAAGAUCAGGUGUCAGAGGGACUAAACCCUGGCACACCGGACUCCAUUCAUCGCGUCCCUUCAGUCACCAUUCAGCCUCAUGGUUCUGAAGAUGAGUCGCCAAACAGGAUAUCGACUGAAGAGGAAGUCACUGACGAACCAAUGGCCAGUGACGACAAGAGGGUUGAACAUUAAUAUCGGUUAAAGCAGUUUGUCUUUUCAAGGUUCAUACAGUGGGGACAUGUGCCUGUGACCUAUCAGGAAUGAACGAUGGACCAACUAUUUCCUUAGUCGAUAUUGUGAUCGAAAAAUGUCUUUUCAUGUGAUGUAUUAAACAUUGUGUAUUUGUAUUCUUCCUUAUAUGUAUGUAUAAAGUCUAUUGAGCCAAACAUGAUGGCAUAGAUAUGUAUGUAAUAUAUAAAUAUGUGUUAUGGAAAUAAAUAAUUUUUUACUUGUUGUUAUUA